AUGAAUAAGAAGGAUUCCAAUGUAAGGUCCGUAAAGGUAAUCGAGGAAAUCAGACCCAUUGAGCCGACUACUGAUUGGUCUAAACAAAUUGGAAAUCGUAAGGAAGAGAAUAGACCGGAUGCUACAGCUAUUUUAGGUUGGAGAAGACAGAAAGGAAAUCGUAAGGAAGAGAAAAUACGGGACUCUAGUUCAGGUGGGAGAAGACAGAGAUACCAUCAACAGGACGAGAAUGAAGAUAAUGCAGGCUGGGGCUGGAAUAGAGAGAUUUCACAUGGCUGGGAUUA